UAGCCGGGCAGUUACGAUUGUCAUAGUGUAUAGAGAUCAUUCGAACUGUAGAGGACUUAUGCCGUAAUUUUUGACUGUAUGCAAGCGCGCCGUGAUUUAUUCCACGCAAAACAUGAAAUUUUCGUCCAAAUUCAGUGACAUGUUUAUAUGAGCAUAUAAUUCCUUGAUCAUGUCAAGAGCAUACAGAUUGACCAGCAUACAGAAACUUUUUAUCCAGCAAAGACUCUCAGCUGCAGUCUCUCAGCAAAAUCAUGCCAUCUAUUCUCUUGAAAGAAUGUCAGGACUCUGGACUCGGUCCAUUUUAUUUGAUUCCUAUGCUAUGCAGUCUAUCAUUGUUCAAAGACAACUUUUGCAUACAAGCAGGAAGCAAUAUGUACAUGAUGUUGGUUUGAUGAACGUUCUGAAGGCUUUACCAACUAACACCCCUAAGAAAAAAUUUGUGAUAAGAGUAAAAAAGGAUCCAAAUGCACAAGAACAAACUCCAGGCCAAGUUGUGGAGGUCAAUCGGGGAAUAACUGUUGCUGAACUCUGCCAAAAACUAGAGACUGAUUUGGAUCAAGUAUGGAGAACUGUGAUUGAAGACAAGGACUUGGCCAAGCACAUUGAAAAUAAAGACCAAAAAAUCUCUAAUGUCAAAGUGAUUAAGAAGCUCUGCAAAAUGCUAGGAGUGGUUCCGAAAAUACCAUCCAAAGAGCGCCUUAGGCAGAUGGAAGAAGCAUCGCAACAAAUGGAGACACCCAGACGACCACCUCAUAGCCCCAAGGAGUUGGUUCCUCGUCCACCUGUCAUAACAAUCAUGGGUCACAUAGACCAUGGAAAAACCACGCUUCUGGAUGCACUCCGCAAGUCUAAUGUGGUAUCAGAGGAAUUUGGGGGAAUUACUCAACACAUAGGAGCCUUUACUGUGAAAACAUCAUCAGGAGAUGACAUUACUUUCCUGGAUACUCCCGGCCAUGCUGCUUUUACAGCCCUGCGGGAAAGAGGGGCCAUUGUUACCGACAUCAUCGUCCUAGUUGUGUCUGCGGAUGACGGGGUCAUGCCUCAAACUAUUGAGUCCAUAGAACAUGCCCGCAAAUAUAAUGUUCCCUUGGUGAUUGCCAUAAACAAAAUUGAUCGACCAAAUGCUGAUAUAGAGAGGACAUUAAACAGCCUGUUGGAACAUGGCGUUCAGACAGAACUGAAUGGAGGAGAUGUUCCCGCUGUUCCUAUAUCUGCUCUAAAGGGUGAAAAUAUAUCGGAGUUACAAGAUACUAUAGCAGCCUUAGCAGAAAUAUUGGAUCUAAGAUGUGAUGUUAAAGGUGAAAUGGGAGGGCGUAUCAUUGAGUCUAAAAUGGACACUAAGAUUGGCUUAGUUGCAACAGUUUUGGUGCAGAGAGGAACUAUGAAGAUAGGAACAAUGGUAGUGGCAGGAGAAGCAUUUGGGAAGAUAAAAAAGAUGAUAAAUAACCAGGGUCAGGCAGUAAGAACGGUGACCCCCUCAUUUUGUGCAGAGGUUUAUGGAUGGAGGGAGCUUCCCCAGGCUGGAGAUGAGGUUAUUGAGGUCAAGAGCAUGAGGAAAGCUCAAGAACUGAUCACAAUAUCUGCAGCAGACAGGAAAGCCAAGGAGAUAGAAAAAUUUAUUCCCAUGAUUGAAAGGCAGCAAGAGGAGCAGAAAGAGAUUCGGAAGAAAUUAAUGGAAGUGAAAGCUGAAAGUUUCUUCAAGUUCAUAUUGGCCCGAAGGAAAAUUACAAAGGACGGGGACCUCCCAUCAACGCUGGGGGAGUGCAAUCUACCAAUAGUUCUUAAAGCUGAUGUAUGUGGCUCCAUUGAAGCUCUACUAGAAAUGUUUUCAACAUUCGAUUCACAGCUGUGUGAACUGCGGGUCGUUCAUCAUGAAGUGGGCCCUGUUACUGAAGCAGAUGUCAAUUUAGCCGAAAGUUUGAAUGCUGAAAUUUUUAGUUUUAAUGUUCCGGUUUCUGAAGAUCUUAGAAGGAAAGCUGAACAGGCAAAUGUUGUAAUAAAGGAAAACAACGUGAUAUACACGCUGAUAGACCAGUUAAACGAGAGUGCUAACAGUCGAAUUCCACCUUUCAUGGAAGAAGAUAAAAAAGGCGAAGCAGAAGUCUUACAAGUCUUUGAGUAUAAAUUUAGGGACACAACGCGAAUGGUUGCUGGAUGUAGAUGUACUCAAGGAAACCUGCAAAGGAAACUUGAGUAUAAGGUUCUCCGAAAUGGGGAAGAAGUUUAUAAAGGAAAAUUAGACUCAUUGAAACAUCACAAAGAUGAAGUUGACACUAUUUCGUCAGGCAAAGAGUGUGGAAUUUUAGUCAGUGAUGAAGAUUUCAUCUUUGAGCAAGGAGAUGUUAUUGAGUGUUUUGACUGGAAAGUUGUAAAGAAGACAGUAAAUUGGGCUCCAGAUUAAAUUUUCAAGCAUGGUGAUUAAUUUAAAAAUGGAAAAAGUUUGGACCUUUGACUUAUUUCUUUUUAUGAUUAGUGAAUUUUAUUAUGGAAUGAAUGUGUUUAAGGAUAUGUAAGAAAUGUGAGUUUCGUAUCUAAAUUAAAGCAAAUUGAUUGCUUAU